GGGCGGGGCUUCAGCCGCUCCGCUUUUAAGCCGUGCUGAGUUUGAGUUGCUGGUGUUUGGAGCAUGGAGCUGCUGGGGGUGCUGGCUGUGGUUCUUGUGGUCUCUGUGGACCGGACGGCGCUGGGAAUCUCUCAUCCAAAGCCGUCCUGCCGUUAUCCUCCAUCUCAAUGGUGUCGGUCUCUGGAAAUAGCUAUAGAAUGUAAGGUUCAGAAACAGUGCAUGGAGCUAAAUGCCAUCAAGCCGAAUGAGACUGUCCCUCCAGUAUCCAUCACUCUAUACUAUGAGACCCUGUGCCCAGACUGCAGAAUUUUCAUCAGUGAGCAGUUGUUUCCCACCUGGUUAAUGCUAAAAGACAUCAUGUCUGUUACACUGGUGCCUUAUGGAAAUGCUCAGGAGGUUCAAUCACCAACUUCGUCCUUCAUCUGUCAGCAUGGGGAGCCCGAAUGCAAAGGAAACAUGAUACAGGCCUGCAUUCUCCAUUUAACAACAAACUCCCUUGCAUUUCAAAUCAUCUACUGCAUGGAGUCCUCUGCAGAUGUGCUCAGUGCUGCACAGCCAUGUCUUCACCUGUAUGCUCCCUCGGUCUCCUGGUCCAGUGUGAACUCUUGCGUCAGUGGAGACUUGGGAUUCCGUCUGAUGCAUGGCAAUGCGGUCAUGACCCGAGCUCUGAACCCUCCCCACACACACGUUCCUUGGGUCACUUUUAAUGGGGAAUACACGGAGGAGAAUGAAGAAAAGGCAAUGUCCUCCCUCUUCCAUCUGGUUUGUGAGCUCUAUCAGGGAGUGAAGCCUCCUGCCUGCACCGGCGCUUCCGUCAAACUAAGCCGAAGUGUCUGAAUAUAAUAAAAUGCAAAGUUUUGGUGCUUGAAUUUGAUUCAAAGAUUUUUACUUAUGUGUUUCUUUGUUAUGUUUGUGUUUACAAAGCAGCUUGUGCAUUUACCAUCCUCACUUGGAACUAAACUUUUGCUUCAAGAAAA